AGUAUUAUAAAUUCGGUUGGUAGCUAAAAAUUGUUAUGGGUUUUGCUUGUUUCAACGUUGAGAAAUUGGAUUCGAACUCAGGUGUUGUGUCUUAGACUCUUAGUGGGCCGUGCAAGGUGAUGGGAAGUUAUGAACCGAACAACGUUUGGUGUGGGGUUUAACUAGGGGAUAAGAGUCUAGAGAUGAUGAUCAGAUUAAGAUAUGUCACAUUUACUGAUGACUCUAGUCUUUUGAUAUGUUUCAUUUAUGUUCCCACAUCCCAUGAUUAAAGCACCAAACUUUUACAGUGUGACAAACACUCUAACUUAAAGAGAAGGUCUCAACAAUAAAAAAGGGAUUAGCAAAAGAGAGAAGGAAGGAAAACUAUCUGAAAGCUUUUUCACCAGGAACUUCACAACUAUGUCACGGUUUAGAUCUUUAUGGCAGGCUUCUGUGAAUGCAACAAAGAAGGCUCUAACGUGGGAACUCGAAGAAUGGGUACCUCCUGUAGAGAAAUGUAUAUUCAAGUUCAAUUCAAAAGAAGACCUUAAGACAUGGCACUUGUAUUCUGAUUCUGAAUAUGGAGGAUUAUCUUCGGCUUCGUUGGAAAUUAAAGAUGGAGCAAAUGGAUCGGAUUGCACUGGUGUUUUCUCUGGGAACCUCUCUACGGAAAUGAGCGAAGGUUCAAAGUGGAAUAUCAGUCGGAGUGGUUUCUGUGGAAUGCGGUCGAAGAAGUUUGAUGGCUUUAUUGAUCUCGACGGGUAUGAUUCCAUUGCCCUGAGGCUCAAAGGAGAUGGAAGGUGCUAUAUCUCUACUAUAUAUACCGAGAACUGGGUGAACUCGCCAGGACAAGCAGAAGAUAACUCAUGGCAGGCUUUUGUUUUUGCUCCAAAGGGAAACUGGUAUACAGCUAAGGUUCCUCUUACUCGCUACUUACCAACAUGGAAAGGAAAUGUGAUAGAUGCAGAAAUGGAGAUGAAUCCAGGUCGUGUUGUGGGUAUGUCUCUAUCAGUUAACGCACAAGGAGGUGGUUUCAUUGGAGCUAAAUCAGGGGCAGGCGAUUUCCGAGUAGAUAUUGACUGGAUCAAAGCAGUGAGAAGGCCAUGAACGAUGAAGAAAAAGCUUUCUGAUGAACAAAUUUGAGAAACCAUUAAUAUAUACAAUAUGUUCUCUGGUUGACUAGUUUAACCGGGAUUUGGGUAAACUGUAUCCAAGUUGAUGAACAAUAAUAAGGCUUACGAAUUGACUUA